AUGAGACUUCUCAACACUACAACCCUCAAACUUGAGCAGUUCCUCAACAACAUGCCCCAAUAUGCCAUUCUAUCACACACAUGGGAAGAGCAGGAGGUCACCUUCAAUGACAUCUCGAGCUCUGCGCGGACAUCGCUCAAGGGCUGGCAAAAGGUCAAGAACUGUUGCAAACUCGCACGAUCCCAGGGAUGGCAGUACGUCUGGAUCGACACGUGUUGCAUCAACAAGGCCGACAACAAUGAAUUUGGAGAGGCCAUCAACUCCAUGUUCCGCUGGUAUGAAGAGGCUCAGAUCUGUUACGCCUUUCUGGAGGAUGUCCCUCCACAUUAUUGCAGUGAUGGAAAGUCACGGCCUCGCAAUUCCAAGGUGGUCCAAAGUCGCUGGUUCACGAGGGGAUGGACUCUACAGGAGCUUCUUGCUCCGUCAUUCUUGGCUUUUGUCGACUCAGACUGGAACAUCGUUGGCUCCAGGGAAACGUGCACACUUGCAGUAGCAUAUGCAACCACGAUCGAACAAAAGGAUAUCCAGAAUUUUAGGUCGUGUUCCAUAGCAACAGAGCUCUCGUGGGCUUCUAAACGCCAGACAACAAAGAUCGAGGACAGGGCUUACAGUAUGAUGGGUCUCCUAGGCGUUCACAUGCCCCUCCUCUAUGGUGAAGGCAAGAAUGCGUUUGUUCGCCUCCAGCACGAGAUGAUACGUCUGUUCAACGAUGAAACGGUGCUUCUCUGGACUACCCGAAAAGGGUCAGUAUUCUCCACCGAUGCACGCUCAUUUGCUCAACGCAUGGGGGGACGAGGCCGAUAUCCUGAGUGGAUGGUACGGGAGAGCUUGUUUGCAGAAUCUCCCGAAGCAUUUUCUGAAUCCAACGGGCUGGCAGUCAUUCGUUUUGAUAAAGGGCCCAGGAAUGUCGGCAUCUCCAAUGGCGGCAUCAGCCUCAAAGUUGAACUCUUUCAACGAUUCGAAGACGAAGGUUCAAAAUAUCAGCAGCGGCUUUCGAAUUCACGGACCCCGGCUCUCUACGCGAUCAAAUUAAACUGCGCGCGGACCAGCGAGCCAGACGACCCGAUGAUCUUGCCCUUGGCCGCCACCGGCAUUGGACAUCCCGUCUACGAGGUACUGAGAACUGGAUCCCUAUAUUCGUGGCAGGAGUUCAUGGACACCACCAGAUUGCUUAGAGGAAAAUGGCAAAGCUUGGGCCGGCAUAGUAUUACCCUCACUCACCCCAAGCCCUCGGCCCUCAUCAAUCCAUCAACCACUCUACUUACGGUUCACGCCAAAAGCUCGCGCUUGGCAUCCUUGCUCUUGCGGAAAUCAUCCGGAUACAGGCCAGAUAAAGACGGUCACCAACAGUGGUCUUUUGUGGCACCUAGGGCCAUUUCCAGCAGCUCCGAUGCAGGAUUCCUCGGUUUCGCAGACAUGGACUAUUUCGGGACCAUCAUGCUCAAAGACGGAGGAGCUUUAAUGACCAACGGAACGUUAUACAUUCAAAUUCUGGGUGUCACCAGGACCAGUUCUUCGCCCAUCUUCUACCUGUUGGUGGUCUAUUUUUGUCCGCCAUUCCCCCGCUUCGGCAUCUGGCUCGUUGACAGGAAACUUCCUCGACCAGAGCGGUGGGUGGAUAUUUUGAACCAAAGUAAUGGACCAAAACCGGGAAGUAGUAUUGACGGAGAUGCACCGGGACCAGAACAUCUUCUCAAGUUCUUGAACAAAGAUAUUCGUACAGGCUUUGACUUGGACUCUGAGGUCGAUUAUCCUCAUACGGCGCCGUUCGGAGACAACUCGCUGGUGCAAGUGACGGCUAAACCAACACCCUUCUCCCCCAACAGCCCUCCAAGACUAGAAGGCCAACCGUUCAGCGAUGAUCCCGCGCAAGACACGGCGGCAAACUGUUGGUUAAGGCAGGCAACAGCAGAUGAAUUAACAAUCUCCAAACACGUCCAGCUGGAAAUCUCAGUGGUGGAAAAGGAGCUACUGGAAAACGACCACCCAGACGAAGUAGAAUGGAAAUACAUGGAGGAGAUGGAGGAUGAUGAUGACCUUUGCGACUUGGACGACUAA